UCUUUCUUGCCAACCAGCCGGACAUUCUCCUGGGUAUCAUUCCGUAUCCGAAAAUCCCUCUGAAUUUGUCGAUCACUUCUUCAGCCGGAAUGGCUUCUGCUCAACAAAUCUCUCGAUCUGUUAUCAAGAAAGUGCUUGCUGUUGAGACUCCCGAAGGUGUCGGGGCAAUGGUCAGGCGCACCAUUGGAACGCCAGCACUGAGAAACUUGUCCCCGGUCCAACAAGGUGGUUUUCCGGACCACCCGCACCGUGGACAGACAACUGUAACAUACAUGCUUGAGGGCGCAUCCCUUCACGAGGAUUCAGCCGGCCACAAAGGUAGACUUGGCCCCGGAGACAUCCAAUGGAUGACAGCUUUCUGGAUUUUCCAACAACCAGUCGUCCAUGCUGAAAUGCCUGUUAAGGAGCCCGGCCUUCCGUAUCCCCAGGGUAUGCAACUCUGGAUAGAUCUGCCGAAAGAACACAAAUUAGUGGAACCAAGUUAUCAAGAACUGAGUCACCGAGACAUUCCCUCUGCUUAUCCACAGGGUGAAGAUGGGCCAGUCAUCAAAAUCAUCAGUGGAAAGAGUCACGGCGUCGAGUCACCUGUCCGGCCGCUGGGGGAUGUUGAGAAAGAGCAGCAGAGUAUUUUCCAAGAUAUACCGCAAGGAUGGACGGCAUUCAUUUAUACGUAUACUGGAAAGCUCCUUGUCAACUCAACUAAUAAGACGGGCGAGUCAGCACAUGAUCAGUUCCAUACGCUUGUGCUCUCGUCUGGGAGUGACGAGAAUGGCGUCCGACUCACUGCGGCCGAGGAAAAUACGAGAGCAUUCCUAAUCGCCGGUGAACCACUUGACCAGCCUGUCGUGCAGCAUGGGCCAUUCGUCAUGACCUCCCAGUCAGAAAUAUAUCAGGCAAUCAAUGAUUACCGCACCGGAAGGAAUGGUUUUGAGAAAGCCCAUUCAUGGAAGAGCGAAAUUGGGGGUUUGUAAAUCUGUGCUGAAAUGAAAAUUCUGCUUCAUUCCCACUCUAUCUAAUAUUACGGAGUCAUAGAGGCUGGAGUCCUGCCUACGUUUCCACUAGGUACUGAGGAUUACUGUCCCGCGUGCUGAGCCAUAGAGUUGGACCAGUGAUUCGGACCGUGGGAAAGUUGUUUGGAUGUCGG